UUAGUAUGCUCUGUUAGUACAACUGACCGACCGAGGACCGGCGCUAACCUUGGGUAUCCGGCAUGAGCACAAGUUCAUAGGAGUUCCCGUUGGCCAGUCGGCGGUUGGAUUCGCUUCGCGUCACAACUGCCCCGAGUUCUACGAAGUUCCAAGAGUCGCAUCGUCGUCGCAGCAAAGCCAUAAACCGUCUGUGUUGCCCUUCGGUCGGCAACCCUUUUUGAAUUCCCUCUUCGGCGUAAAACACAAACAAAACCCAAUAUGAUGCGUACGUACUGCGCCUCGCGUUUCUUGUACGCUUCCGCACCACUACAACGGCACGUGGUCUUUGCGCAAGAGUUCGUUGCGUUCGCGGACCCGUCGCCGCCCUGCGCGAGCUCGGCGCGUCGCCAGAUACGAACAGACCGUCUGGAAGAACCCGUCGGAAGUUUAACGUACCGGAAUCAGCAGUAUUAUCACUCUCGAGCUACAUCAGCCAAAAUCGGAACCUUUAGUCUACCCCACAGCCGAAACAUGAGUUCCGCAGCCUCGAAACAAGGGCUGGUAGCGGUGGAAGAAGCGAGGCGCUUCAUGGUCGACUGUUUGGUCCGAUCGAAGACGCCCCUCAGCCACGCAAAGCAACAAGCGGAUCUGCUGGUCGAGGCAGACUACCGAGGCCAUUAUAGCCACGGCAUGAAUCGGCUGGAGCUCUACAUCAACGAUCUGCACAAGAACGCGUGCAGUGGCGAGGCCUCGCCGACGGUGCUGAACGAAACUCCGGCCACGGCCUGGGUCGACGGUAACAAUGGGCUCGGGGCCGUCGUCGGGAACUUCUGCAUGGAUCUGGCGAUCAAGAAAGCGAAAGAAGUAGGCGUCGGGUGGGUUUGUGCAAAGCGAUCGAACCAUUACGGAAUCGCCGGCUGGUACACGUUGCGUGCGAUGAAUGCGGGCUGUAUCGGGAUGUCGAUGACGAACACUUCGCCGCUGGCUAGCCCCACCCGAAGCAAGGAGGCCGCUCUGGGCACCAACCCGAUUUCGGUCGGAGCUCCGGCGAAGGAUGGUGACGGGUUUGUGCUGGACAUGGCCACCACGGCCGUUGCUGUUGGCAAGAUCGAAAUGCAGCGACGCAAGAACGAACCGAUCCCCGUCGGUUGGGCCCAGGGACCGGACGGACAUCCGACGACGGAUGCGAGCGUUGCGUUCGAUACAGGCUGCUUGAUGCCGCUCGGUGGUACCGAGCUAACCUCUGGCUACAAGGGCUACGGUCUCGGUGCCAUGGUGGAAAUGUUCUGCGGUGUGCUGGCCGGCGCGAACUACGCCACGAAAAUUCGCAAAUGGACCCAUGCCGGUGGGGACAGCGAGGCCGACCUGGGCCAGUGUUUCAUUGCCAUCAAUCCGGCAUGCUUUGCGCCCGGCUUCGAGGGUCGCCUGUCGGAUCUUCACAGCAUUUUGCGCAACAUGCCAAUGGCUGAUCCCACCCGUCCGGUGCUGGUGGCCGGUGAUCCGGAGCGCCACCACAUGGAGAAGGUGGACAAGGAAGGCGGCCUGGCGUACCACGUGAACCAAAUUAAGACCUGCACGGAGCUUUCGGAGCGGUUGGGUGUGAAGCCCAUUGCUGUCGUUUAAAUAUUCUCGCAUUUUUUCAACCGGAUCAAUGCCUUUUCCGCAUUUCGUCGCUCGUAAUUGCGAUACAAAGUGUUCAACAAAUAAACCAUCAAUCAAAUUAUGA